UGCAGCCUUCAGUCGUCAUAGUGAGAAGUGACUGUCCGCAGAGUCAGGAUUAGAACCAGCAGCUCCACACUCUGACAAACAUGUCUGAAGACCUGCGCGGUCUCGUCUAUCUGAUCACAGGGGGGUCCGGCUUUCUCGGCAGGCAUCUGCUGAGGGUUUUGCUGGAGAAGGAGGACAACCUGGUGGAGAUCCGCGUGUUUGACAAACACCCAGACUACAGUUUAAAGGAGCACAGCACAGAGAGGACAAAGGUGGUGGUCAUUCAGGGGGACAUCACAGACUACAGCAGUGUGUUGGAAGCCUCCCACGGAGCCGAUGUCGUCAUCCACACGGCCAGUUUGGUGGAUGUUUGGUACAGAAUUCCAGAGAGCCUCAUCUACUCCGUCAACGUUACCGGAACGGAGAAUGUGAUCAGUGCCUGUGUGGAGUGUGGCAUCCAGUCCCUGGUCUACACCAGCAGCAUGGAAGUGAUCGGUCCCAACAUGAACAGAGACCCAUUUGUCAGAGGGAGUGAAGACACACCUUACAAUGUAAAACACGUAAUGGCGUAUCCCAUCAGCAAGAAGAAGGCAGAGAACAUGGUGAUCGAGGCAAAUGGCAAGAAGGUGAAAGGUGGAAAGUGUUUAAACACAUGUUCUCUGAGGCCGACGGGCAUCUACGGCGAGGGGCACGAGCUGAUGCUUGAUUUCUACAAGCAGGGUUUAGAAAGGGGAGGCUUGAUCAUCGGGGGUGUGCCAGAAGACUCUGAACAUGGACGGGUCUAUGCAGGCAACGUGGCCUGGAUGCAUUUACUAGCAGCCCGAGCCCUGAGAGAGCGCCCGCAGACGGUGGGCGGUGAAGCUUUCUUCUGUUACGAUGACUCACCCUACAAGAGCUACGAGGACUUUAACAUGUUAUUCCUCUCCAAGUUUAACUUCCGAAGAAUCCGCAUACCCGCUCUACUCCUCUGGUUCCUGGCCAUGUUUAAUGACUUGCUCCGGUGGAUACUGACCCCCGUAUACAACUACACACCACUGCUGAACCGCUUCACCUUGGCCGUGGCCUCUACCUCCUUCACUGUCCGCACAGACAAAGCCCUGCGUCACUUUCAGUACCGGCCUCUGUACGACUGGGAUCAGUGUAAAGCCCGCACACAGAAAUGGGUUGACACAUUCCCUCGGGAUAAUUUCAAAGCCUCCUAAUGUGUAUGCAUCAGAAUAUACAUAUACACGUAUAAAGGAGAAACCUCCUAUUAGUAGCAAAUAAAAGGCUAACUUGAUUUGUAUUUGCAGUGUUGACAGAAUAUUACCUUUCAUUGUUUGUCUGAUAGGCAAGUCUAGCACACUUAGCUUAGUCAUAAAGAAAUAUAAUGAAAGCAUUUGUUAUGGUGAUGCACUCACAUUAACAGCCUUGUUAGCACUGUGCUGAAGUUUUUAGAUGAAUAUUGGACAAGUAGAAGAUCAACCCAAUACUGGGAAAUUUGAAUUAUUGAUAGGUGGCCUAAUCACUUUCAUAGCAUUAAGAAGCACAACAGCUACACACUCAAGUACAGUAGGUGGUGGUACGCACCUAUUUUAAAGUUGGUUUGUGACGCACCAAUAAACGGAAAGAAGAAGAGGGAGAAGGAGCAUGUCGUCACUGGUGUGGACGUUUUUUUUUUACGUUUUCAGAGGAAGGCAACAUGAGUUUCAUUCAGAGAGGAGGGAAAAAGUCAAGUAUGAGUGAAAGUGUGAAUUUUAGCACAACAUAUACUAUUAGAGCUGGAACAGCUAGAGAUGGAAUACUACAUCAAAUCUCUGCUCGUUGUAUCCUAGUCUGUUUUACUCAGGUCUGUAGAAAAUACUUUCAAAAUUUACUUUAGAAUACAAAAAUGUAAAUCCGUACAUCCGUUAUCUUAUCCGCAUCAGCCAUGACAAUUGGCCAUGUACUGAGAAAAAAAAAAAAAAAUCCAUAUUGUGCAUCCUCAAUUUAGAUAUUAAAGAUUUCUUGCCACCAUGUUAGUUAUGACAAAUGUAAACACAACUUACAGGCAUUUAUGUGUACCAAAUCUGAGCAAUAUUUUAAGUAACAUAUCAGUAUUUUAUCUUUUGUAAUUUAAAUAAUAUGUAUUUUAUUAUGAAGUUGUGGUUGAAGUGUCAUGUAAAGUUUGUUGAUUUAUUUGUAAUUUUUUAUUAAAGAUGAUUUAAUAUAUUCUA